GUUUCGGGUCCUGGAAGCCGGCCAACAUCUAGAUUUGGUGCCCCAACCGUGGCAGAAGAGACAGAGGUUCUUAAAGCCGCACCAACCACAAGAAGCCAGCAAAUCCCAUUGGUGGAUGAGCGCGAGGAAGACGAAGAGGAGGCCAUGCUCCGAGAGCUGAAGGAACGUGAGGCCAGGAAAAUGCGGGAUGAGCAAGUCCGCACGGAGAGGAAGGCGGCCGAGAUUGAAGAAGCUGCCAGGUUGGCCCAAAUCAAGGAUGACAAGAAACAGUUCACCUAUGACUCCGAGGGCAAUGUCAUUUGGGUGCAGCCACCGCAAGUCCACAGAUUACCAAGCAACCCAGCGCCUACAUUCCUGUGCAAGCAGGAGGAGGUGUCGCAACAAGAUCUUCAAGUGCAACCGGAGAAGAAAACCGGCCGAACGCGUGAUAAGCCUAUCAAGGCAAAAAGGGAAAGCUCUGUGGAAUUCAAAGACGGCUUCAAAAAGUUCCUUUCGCAGCAGCCUUCCAUGAUCGAGGCUAUGGUCAUGUCUCCUGGAGUCCAGCUGGAAGAGCGGAACAGAACAAAGAAGGGAGAGAAGGUCAAGAGCAACAAGCCUGCGACCAUGUCUAGGAAGGAGUAUGAGGAAAUCUCCAAAGGGGGGGCGCCACUGCGCAAGCAAGAAGGUGGCGACGCCAACGCCUCCAAGCCUACGCCAAAAGCUCAAGCUCUGAAGGGCAGCAGUGGUGGGGUAGUUGCCCUGCCUACAGUAGACGAGGCACCCUUAGAGACGGCAGCUUCGCGAGGUAACCCAGGUCUCAGCGAGUCUGCGAAAAUGGUGCGUUCGGAAGUGGGUUCUGACCUUGUGAAAUUCCAGCCUGCGAAUGUUGCGCGACAAUUGCAACCUGUGCCACCUACCACCAGCAAGCGAGUGCAAACGAAGCGAGAUGCUCUGGGAUAUUCACUAGGCACCCGGGAGCGGCUUCACAUCGAUGCUGGAUCUCGCUUUCCGGGGUGUGCUGCGCAGCCACCUCUGGGUGCAACAAUGGGACACGGACUUGCUCCAAGCACAAAAAAGUACCAGGACUACUUCUUUCCCAGCGCUGCUGGUGCCGAAGUUGCAGAAGAGGCUGUGCAGGUGCCAACAGAGAAGGUCGAUGGUCAAAUCGUCAGCAAGAACCCGCAGCUCAAACACCGGCUCUUUGGAACCCGAUAG